CAGCAACAUUCAGCCGGUUCACAUGCAACAUGAAGAGCGACGAGAUCAUCGAGAAGAUCCGCAGCAAACUGAAGGAAUCGGAUCCUGCCCGGCGUACCGUGGUCAACACAUUCCAGUUUAACUUCACCGAUGCGGACGGCAUUCUCAUAAAGAGCAUGGUCUUUGAUUUCAAAGCCCUGGACAUCUACGAGGGCAGUGCAGCCAGUGCCGAUGCACAAGUCACCAUUUCGGAUGAGGAUUUCUAUUUGGUGGGCACUAAGCAGAAGAGUUUCCAGGAGAUUCUGCAGCAAGAGAAGGCCAAGAUCGAUGGCGAUGAGGAAGCUAUUAACAAAAUGCUUGAGAAGUUCCGUAUAAAUUCUAAGAAUUAAGUGAAAUUAUUUUUGUUUUUCUUAUAUUAUGAUAUUUUUUACCGUUCCUUAUCUGCUUGCUCACCCUUCCAAUAAUGACUGCAUUCAGCACAAAUAAAAAAACAAGAAUGGAAAGCUAACUUCGGGCGGAGCCGAAGUUGAUAUACCCUUGCAGAAUAUUCCAUAAAUUAUAUUCUCCAAAAUUA